AGAGAGAGAGGGGGGGGAGAGGGGCACGCGCUCUCUCCUAGUGCACUUUGCAGUAAGUUGCGGGCGGCUGUUGCUGGCGUGGCGGUUGCUGGUCGCGCAGGGAACUUUAACACGCUGGAUCCCAAAGUCCGUCUCCCUCACCUGCGCAGUUCGGAGCUGCCAUGGAUUUCGCGGCCGGAUUUACUAUCCUAAUCACACUGCCGAUCUUUCUGCAGACGAACGGCCUUUAUAUCUCCAGUAGCAUAGAUUCCCUGCAGCAUGUUCUGGGGGACUAUGGACUGGUGAAGCCCGUUCUUACUGAUGCAGAAGGCCGCUUCCUGUCCCAUGCGGUAUCGGUUGGUCCAGCAGAAGGGCAGUUCCGUAGGCGCUGGAGAAGAGAGGCGGCAUCGGCCGACCACGCCAACCAUGAGUCCGGAGGAGACGCGCUCGAGCAGCUCUACUACAACGUCACCGUCUUCGGCCGGGAGUUUCACCUGCGUCUGCGCCGCAACACACGCCUGGUGGCUCCCGGAGCCAAGAUGGAGUGGCAGGAAUCUGGCGGCAUGCACUCCGAGCCUUUGAAGAGUGACUGCAUGUAUGUGGGUGACAUUACGGACAUACAGGGAGCCUCAGUAGCCAUUAGUAACUGCGACGGCCUGGUAAGUGGCCAGAUUGGCCUUCAUUUGUGUGUGAUGUCCAGUAUGUCCAGUUAAUUUACACAAUCCCUU